UCCUGCGUGUGGAUACUUAAAAAUGUAUUCAAUCAAUCAAAAGAGCUUCCUAUAUAUGCCCAGGAUUUUGUCAUGGUAAACCUACAGGAUGAAGAAGAACCAGAAGACGAUCAGUUUGAUGUCGAUGGAAGAUAUUUUCCAAGAUUAUUUAUUUUAGAUCCUACUGGAAAAGUUCAACAAGAUCUUCAUAAUAUGGAACCAGAUUAUGUUGAGUAUAAAUUUUCUUAUGGCAACGAGCUUUCAAUCAUACGUCUUAUGAACGAUGCACUGCUGCGAUUUGGUAAAGAAAAAUCGAUUGACAAUGGUUUUGGCAAAAACGUGAACUGGGUGAGCUAUAAAGAUGGGGUUGAUCUCUCAAAGAAAAGGGAUAUGCUAAUGUUGCUGAUCAUUCACAAGCCGUGGUGUAAAGCUUGCAAAGCAUUGAAAAAGAAAUUGUCCUCAUCAGAAAAGUUUGCAGAAUUGAGUGAAAAAUUCGUCAUGGUCAAUGAAGAGGGCGAAGAGGAAUACAUCGACGAGAAGUUUGAUAUCGAUGGAUCAUACAUACCACGGAUAUUUUUCAUCGAUCCAUCUGGUGAAAUCAGGACAGACAUUUACAACACGGAAAGCAUGUAUAAGGAAAAUAAAUAUUACUAUUGGGAUGCCGUAACACUUAUUCAGUCCAUGGAAAAAGCACUGGACAAAUUCAAGAUGAAAUUGCAACGAGACGAACUUUAAUUAACAAGCCGUACAGUUCUUUACGGUUGCUUGUUCAGAUGGACCGAUAAUUUUAUUAACAUUUAUAUUCGUUUAGAUAUUUAUAGUCGUGUGAACAGCCAUUUGUGUUAUCAAGUACAUUUAUCAAUACGUUUUUCGUAUUUUUA